UUACAAUGAAAUAAUUACUUAAAUGUAAAUUUCAUGAAAAUUAUUGUCAAUUAUGGCAGCGUUUGGGUCCAAUCACAUCGAGAAUAACCCGGAAUGUGAUGCCGAAGAGGAAGAGGUGGAGAAAUGCGCCCAAAGGAUGGUUUUACUCGACAAACAACCGAUGCCUCAAACCGCCGAUGAAUUGCAACUCUUUUGCGAUAAUUAUAAGAAAGAAGAGGAUUGUCUGCGAAACCAUUCAAUCAAAUGUCUGUCGCCAUCAGCCCAUCAGACGGUGACAAUUCUGAUCAAUAGUGUGGUCGCACAGAACCAGAAGGUCUGUUCCAAGGGCUGGAGGAAUAAGAAGCGUAUGAUUAACGGCGGCAAAUGUAUCAACAAAUACGACAACAAACCCGUUGGAUGUCUGAAGCAAUUCAUAGAUAAUAUUCAAGGCUUACAUCAAUUGACGCAAAACGAUAAAAUUCCUGUCAUUUGCUGGUAA